GUUCCUAGUACAUAGUCUUGUAACACAUAUUUACAAUGCUGAAAGCAAGUGAGACUGAGAAUGUAAUAAAAAGCAUAAUCUGGGAAAUCACCAGAGAAUGUGCCUCAAGAGGAAUCAAUAUCACAGAUAAAUGUGCAGCAUAUGUGAUCAAGUUAUUGGUUCUGAACCCAGAACAUGGCUUUAUUUCUGACCGCCCACUGGCCAGAGAUGAUGUUAAACUGUUGAUUGACGUGUGCGUACAGAAACUGUCAGAGAAAUAUUCUCCUUCCCUGGCAACAAUACAGAUGCAGGUACACUUUGAUACCAACUUUGCAUCUCGACAUGACAUCAUCAAUGACAACCGAGCCAGUAUUAAAUUUCAAACUGCACCCUUUAUUAAGGAAAUAAUUGCAACAUAUGCUAAAACCAAGGAGGAUCUUGAGAAAUUAUAUCGCAAGAUUGUUGUGACAACAGUCAUAAGCUCUGGUCUUGGAAAUCCAACUCAUCUCAAUAUCCUCAGGGAAGCCACAGCUGCUCUAUCGAGUGUGUUCCCACACACUGAACUCAGCCAGUUCAUGGCACUAUCCCAUAAAGAUAAGGAGCAGCAAAUCAUAGAACUUACACAGAUCACCACCGGGAUUCGGCUCUUUAAUCGUGACUGCCAGAAAGGCGGGGAUGGCAUUGAAGAUCUCCCUAAUUUACUACAGAAAGCAAUCACUGCAACACAAUCAUCAUUGGAAUCACAGCUUCAGAUACUGCUGGAGAGAGUGAACAUUCUCACUGCAGCUGUAGAGAGAUGUCUAAGGCCUCCUGGCAAGCCUGAGAGGGAAGAACUGUUCGGAAUAAAAUACAAAGUGUUGGAAGCAGAGAGUAAAGAAGGACCAGAGCAAGGUGAUAAUGUUCACACUGAGAAACUCCACAAAAUUUCAACAAAGCAAAUACAGAUGGUGUUGGAUGGACUGGCUACAGCUCGACAGCUAGAAGUGUACUUAAGGAAGUUAUUAAUGGAAGUUGAGAAAUCGCAGCAAGUGUUAGCAGAACUACUGGAUGAACUAAAGUUGAGAUUGACCACAAUCCAUGACACUGUACGGUUCAGGACUGCCAUACCAACUAUACAAAUCUAUCCACAAUUCAUACAUUUGUCAGAAAUCUGGACCAGUCUGCAGGAUGAAAUGGUAUUACUGAGCACCAUCAAUAACCUAGCCUGGAGCCUGCAGAAAUAUUUACAGGUGCUCGAAAACAUUGAUGAAGGUGUUGUGAAACAAAUUAUUGGUAAUACGGAGAUCCUCACUGAUGAAGCUCGUCUUAAAGCAACCACAGGCCUCAAGAUUAACUCGACUGGAUUGAAGUGCGAAGUCAUAUACCCAGCACAGGUGACAGAAUUUGACAAAAUACCACUGCAAUACUUGGGCUUCUGUGUCUGGUCACUGGUGGAAGGUGUGGGUGCACUGAUACCUGGGAAUCCCAACAUGGGAGUGUGCCAGUGGAAAGAAAACUACUACGCAAUGUCUUCUCCUGCCAUGGCAGCAGAGUUUGGACAAGAUCCUGAAAAGUAUGUUAUGUCAGUACUGAAUCUGAUGAGAAAGAAGCCGGAACUCAUCAACCUCCUGCAAUUGCAAGAACAGGUGGCAGCUAUGCGGAUGGCGGGAGAAUUACCCAUCAAGAAACCUGAACCCAUAAGUAAACGUGACAUUGAGAUACAAACUGAAUUACAUCCAAUCCCAAGCCACACUGACCCAUUAUAUCGCUGGAAUGAAUGGGAUCUCAAAAGGGAAGCAAUAAAACUUGCAAACAUACGGAAGAGCAAGACAAAAUCGGUGCAAACUGAACACAGCUGCCACAAGAUGAGCACUAGUUUACAAACAAAACCAUCAAAGAAUCAAGAGGUCCAAACAAUACAGGACAGAAUAUCUAACAUCCCAAUGCCGACACUAGACCUGCUCAUGAAUAACGGUAGAAGAGAGUGA